UGGCAUCCUAACAGUCUUUUCUCUACUUGAUCAGGAGACCUCAUGACUCUGCCCAGCAGUGACUGUGUCAUGGCAGAGCAGCUGUGCCUCUCAGACUCCACCUGCAAUGCCACAUACAGGAUUCUGGAAAACUGUGCCCUGGCCAAGACUCGCCUCCUUUCACUGGAUCAUGACAGCAGGGUCAGAUGUCUGAAUGCAGAGCUUGACCUUGGGAACAGCUCUUUGCUGCACUGCAAGUGUCACCGGCGCAUGAAGAGACAGGAGCACUGCUUACGCAUUUUCUGGACUGUUCACUCCAGCAUGACAGAUGGUUAUUUCAAUUUGGAGACCUCUCCCUAUGAGAAUCCAGCAAAUGAAGAACGCUGGAAGACAGAUUAUAAUAAAUUGGCAGCUCUGGUAUCAGGUUCACAGUUAGCAGGAGAUGCAACAAAUCCAUGUCUGAGAGCAACACAUGUCUGUAAUUUGAGCAAGAAGUGUUUUCGACUGCGCACAGACUAUGCCUCCAUCUGCACCAAGGGAGCAGGAAGUGAGGAUGUGUGUGACCGGCGCAAGUGCCACAGAGGGCUAAGGAAUUUCUUUGAAAAAGUUCCUGAGGAUUUCACCAAAAGGAUUCUGUUCUGUCCAUGUCAAGAUGAAUUUUGUGGAGAAAGACGUCGUAAAACUAUUGUUCCUGAUUGUUCCUUCCAGUAUAACACUAAACCAAAUUGCCUCUGGCUUCUGGACUCCUGCUUAGAAGACCAUAUCUGCAAAUCCCGACUAGCUGACUUCCAACAAAAUUGUCAACCUGUAGAUGUGUCUCCGGAUGGCUGCUCUGUGCACAACCAUGCUGCAUGCCUGCAGGCUUACAUGGGCAUGAUUGGCACACCCAUGACACCCAACUAUGUCAGUAACUCCAGUGUGGCGGUCUCCUUGUGGUGUACAUGUGAGAACAGCGGCAACCAGAAGGAGAAGUGUGACCAGCUACUCAGCAUGUUUGAGAGCAACAAAUGCCUUGAAAGUACCAUUUGGUCUCAAAUGCACUUGAAGCAGACAGCUCUAGAAAGACAGGAAGACUUACUUUAUUCAUCUUCCCUAAGCUUCCAAGGAGACAGUGCCAGCACAUCUCUCUCUUCAGCAAUGUCCCAGGUGGCUGAAGGGAAGACACAGCAAGACAGCCCCAAACAGGGCAGUAUGCCUAUGGCCUCCUCUGUCUAUUCUGGAACUGCUACUUCCUGGCCUUCUCUGGCUCUGUUCCUGCCCCUGUUGCUGAGCCCACAUUAAUGUGGCAUAAAUGGAAUAUUUUCUUCCAAUAUUAUUAAUAUUGUUCCAUAUCCAGGCAUGUCCCAGUACAAAUUUACCUUUGGGAAACAGAAAGCUUUCAGACAAGAAGAAUGGCCUUAACCCAGAAUGGCAGUCACUGGAAACCUGCCACAUAUUUGCACCCUGCUUUCCCCCUGUCAAUUUGCACUGAGCUCUGCAGGUACGGUUCUGCUUCUUCUGUGCGCAUAUUUUGAAUAACAGGCUAAUGUUCCAACUUAAUAGGUUCAAUCAAAGGUCUGAUUUCUUUCAGAUCUUGUGCAGGGUUUGGUUUCUGACUCUAGUGAUGACCUGACAAUGU